UCUAUCUUCUUUGUACAGCAAGUACAUUAGCUGAAAUCAUAAAUGAAAGACUGACAAAAUAAAUGUCUCAGUGAAUUUCUAAAGACUACACCCCUAAGUCCUUUGCUCUAAUGUGCUUUUUAGGGUGACCCUAAGAAUGACUCCUGGAUCUUCGCCCUGGCUGUGCUCCUGUGCAGCACCUUCGUCUACAACAGCAUGAGCACCAUCAACCACCAGGCCCUGGAGCAGCUGCAUUAUGUGACAGAGCUCACAGAACUCAUUAAGGCAAAGUCUUACCCAAGGCCUGAUGGAGUAGAAGAUUCCACAGAGUUCGUGAGUUUCUUUCCAGACUUUAUUUGGACUGUACGGGAUUUCACUCUGGAGCUGAAGUUGAAUGGUGACCCUAUCACAGAAGAUGAGUACCUGGAAAAUGCCUUGAAGCUGAUUCAAGGCAAGAAUCCCAAAGUUCAAACAUCCAAUUUGCCCAGGGAGUGCAUCAGGCUUUUCUUUCCAAAACGGAAGUGUUUUGUCUUUGACCGGCCAACACAUGACAAAGACCUUCUAGCCAAUAUCGAGAAGGUGUCAGAAAAGCAACUGGAUCCCAAAUUCCAGGAACAAACAAACAUUUUCUGUUCUUACAUCUUUACGCAUGCAAGAACCAAGACCCUCAGGGAGGGAAUAACAGUCACUGGGAAUCGUCUAGGAACUCUGGCAGUGACUUACGUAGAUGCCAUCAACAGUGGAGCGGUGCCUUGUCUGGAGAAUGCAGUGAUAACUCUGGCCCAGCGUGAGAACUCAACUGCCAUGCAGAGAGCAGCCGACUACUACAGCCAGCAGAUGGCCCAGCGAGUGAAGCUCCCCACAGACACGCUCCAGGACCUGCUGGACGUGCAUGCGGCCUGUGAGAGGGAAGCCAUUGCAGUCUUCAUGGAGCACUCCUUCAAGGAUGAAAACCAGGAAUUCCAGAAGAAGCUCGUGGAAAUCACAAUGAAUAAGAAGGGGGAUUUCUUGCUGCAGAAUGAAGAGUCCUCUGUUCAAUACUGCCAGGUUAAACUCAAUGAGCUCUCAAAGGGCCUAAUGGAAAGUAUCUCAGCAGGAAGUUUCUCUGUUCCUGGAGGGCACAAGCUCUACAUGGAAACAAAGGAAAAGAUUGAACAGGACUAUUGGCAAGUCCCCAGGAAAGGAGUAAAGGCAAAAGAGGUCUUCCAGAGGUUCCUGGAGUCACAGGUGGUGAUAGAGAAAUCCAUCUUGCAGUCGGAUAAAGCCCUCACUGAUAGAGAGAAGGCAGUAGCAGUGGAUCGGGCCAAGAAGGAGGCAGCUGAGAAGGAACAGGAGCUUUUAAAACAGAAAUUACAGGAGCAGCAGCAACAAAUGGAGGCUCAAGAGAAGAGUCUCAAGGAAAACAUAGCCCAGCUGAAGGAGAAGCUGCAGACGGAGAGAGAACAGCUACUGAGAGAGCAGAAUAUGAUGCUGGAGCACAAGCUGAAGGUCCAGAAAGAUUUACUUGAUGAAGGAUUUAAGAAGAAAUGUGAGGAGAUGAAUGCAGAGAUAAAUCAACUAAAACAUAUGAUUGAUACUACAAAAAAUGAUGAUACUUCCUGGAUUGCGCAUACCUUGGACAAACUUGUCAAUGAGCUACCUUCAAUAUUGUCUGGUCCUGCUAAAUUAAUUGGUCAGGUUGUCAAAGGUGUGAGUUCGCUCUUUAAAUAGCAUGAGUUCCUCUAUUAAGGAUAUUAUAGAUCAUACAUAUAUGCUUUGCACUAUUUUUGAUCCUGAUCUGUAUGUUUUUCAUUUUCAUUCAGCAAAGUUUUUUUUUUUUUUUUUUUUUUUUUUCAGAGAGUCUUACUCUAUCGCCCAGGCUGGAGUGCAGUGGUGCAAUCUCGGCUCACUGCAUCCUCUCCCUCCUGGGUUCAAGAGAUUCUCCUGCUUCAGCCUCCCUAGUAGCUGGGAUUAUAGGUGCACACCACCACACCGAGUUAAUUUUUGUAUUUUUAAUAGAGACGGGAUUUCACCGUGUUGGCCAGGCUGGUCUCGAACUCUUGACCUCAAAUGAUCCACCCGCCUCGGCCUCCCAAAGUGCUGGGAUUACAGGCAUGAGCCACCACGACCGGCCCUCAUUUAGCAAAGUUUUAAACAUAAAAGGUGCUUGUUAGAGGAUAUCAGUGCGUGGCCCACAUGAGAUAGAAGGGAUCCAUACACACUUUGAAAAACUAUGUUCACUUUUAGGAAAUAUAAUUUUGAAAAAUCAUUUACAUACCAGAGGUCCACUGGGCCAUUGCUUUUAAUGGCAAAAUAUUGGAAUGUACUUGAAUGUCCUUCACAUAAGAUUGGUAAGAUAAAUUUUAGUAUGUGCAUGUACUGGAAUACUAUAUAGCCAGUAUACAAAUUGACAGUGAAGCUCUCUUUAUACUAGUAAAGAAUGGUCUUGAAGAGAUAUUGUAAAAUGAAAAAAAAAAAAAAAAACCAAGUUGUAAAGCAAUGUAGAUUAUCUUAUCACCAAGGAAAAAAAUGCAAUUAUUAUAUACAAGCAUGCAAAUAUAUCUCUGGAAAGAUUAAUGAAAAUCUAUUAUUAUUAGCUCCUUCUGGGAAGAACCAGGUGAAUGUAGAGGUUGAAGGACCACAUACUCUUCACUUUAAACUCUUGAAUUUUGUAAGGAAAUCUUAUUUUACCUAUUCAGAAAUAAAUAAGAAAAUGUAAGAGACAAUGCUAAUAAUGAUAACAAGAAAAAAAUGGUGAAAUUGGC